ACUCCAAAGAAAAUGCGCCUUAAACUGAUCAUAAAACGCAACGUUCAAUAGAGAAUUUAUCAAUAAAACAUACUUUUUCAGUAUUUUUGUAAACUUUGAAAAAGAUAGACAUGACUUGCUCACUAAGAAGUAAAAUUUUGUGCUGUAUUCCUUUACUGACUGGAUGUUCUGUUAUUGGAGCAAUUUGUUCAUUGACUGGAUUAUCCUUGUUAUUUUAUACACUCUUCACACUUCCAAUAAAAAGUAUUUAUACUUUAAAACCUUUUUAUUAUACAAAAUACACAUUUUUCUUGACAACACUGACAAUUUACUAUGUCGGAUUGAUUUUUGCAGGAUGUUUGACAAUAUAUGGAUCUCUAAGGCGAAGCCAUACAAAAAUGUUUUCACUCCUAGCAGCUCUAAUUGCGCAUCCAUUUUUAUUCUUUUCAUAUAAAUAUGUUUAUUUUAAUGAUCUAAAUAUAGAUCACUACAAAAACUAUGAAGAUACAUCUCAAAGAUUCUUCGAGACUUAUGGAAUAAACAUUUUCAUAAUUGGAACAAUUGUUGCUGCAUAUUUUGCUUUCUGUAUUGCAAAUGGAAUUGAAAUGAUCAAAACGGAGCAUGGUGAAAGAUUGAUAGAUGCAUCUGAAGGCAAAAAGUCAACGCUUCGAGAAUUUUUGGAGAAUUAUGGUUUUGUUCUAUACAUAAUUGGAAUUGUUCUUUUAUGUUUUGCAAUUUUAAGUGCUCUUGCUAGUGUUGAUGUGAUUGUAUCAAUAAUAGAACAAAACGAUAAAAUUCAAAGAGAUAAUGAAGCUAGGUUUACUACUACUACUACUAUGGAUUAUUGGGACUGGUUUACCACUAGUACUAUAGAUUACUGGAAAUGGUAUGCUACUAGUACUAAAGAAUACACAGAUUAUACAACUGCUUCUGAAGGAUAUUUUGAUCAAACUUCAUCAUACAGUUACGAUUCUUGAGGACUUCACAAGUAGUCUUUUAUUUAAUAUGUAUUACUUUAAAAAUGAGUUACAACACGUAAUAAAAUUUAUUAUUUGACU